UAUCUAGGAUGAAUGAGAAGAGGAGAAGAAGAACGGAUCCAGUUCUGGAUAAAAUGAGGAUUAGUCUGGAUUUAAUUCUUGAGAGGAAAAUAUCAGAUAUAGAUCAUGUUCUCAGAAAAAAGGGAAAACAAGAUCCAGAAGAGGAAGGUAGGAAGAUGGAAGAUGAUGUUUCAACCUUGGAAGAAUCAGGGAAGAUUAAGGAAGUAAGUGGGAAGAAAAGAGACGAAGAAGUUAAGAAGAAAGAGGAAGAUGGAUCCAAAAGGAAGAAAUUAAAUCUUCUGACCGCAGCUUUGAUUGAGAAAAUACUUAGUAUGGAGAAACAGUCUCAACAGAUCAAAGCUGAAUCUGAUGCUCAAACUGUUUUUGUAUCCCAGCAGCUGUUUUACCUGGAAGCGCAGCUGCGAAAAAAGCAGCAGAAGAUUCAAGAAGAGCUGCAGGAUAAAGAUGCAAUAAUAGCUGCACAGAAACAGGAAAUUGAUCAACUCCGCCGUACUGUACUUGAAUUUUCUGCUAAGCAGUCUCUAUACGGAAGCCUAAGAAGGCCUAAACGGGAGCGUCCCCCUGCUGCUGAGUUGUACAGUUCCAGUGACAGCAGCUCCCCUGGUUCUUCUCCCAAACAUCUUCAGCUGGCGCGUCAGCUGUCUGAUGGACCACGUGUACUGUCAGCUGAUCAAAAACAGCUGAACAAAAUGGCGGAAACCCCGUGUGUGAAUUUAUCGCGGCAAACCAAGUUGAUCAGCCGGGGUACAGAGAGACCGAAGCUGAAACAAGCAAUUAGUGUCGGCAACUUGAAUCUGGAAAGUGAGGACAAUCAAAAACCACGAGGAAUUUUAAAACCAACAUUUAAUCUUCCCCGGAAACCCCCAGUUCCGAGUAGACAGGCGGUGAACGAGAAACUGAAUAUUGCUCAUGUAUCCGAGGAUUCAGGGAGAGAGAGUGAUGUUCGUAGCUCACCAGGCAGGGAGUCCCCAGAUCCUUCAUCCUUAAGGAGAUCUAUUGACAGUGCUGUAAAGUCAACCGCACAGAUUAACAGACGAUGUCACAGCAUUGAUAACAGCUACAGUGUUGAUAACAGUUACAGACUGGACAGCGGUAACAGCUCUAUUGAUUACUCUGACAGUUGUUUAGAUAACAGAUUUGUUGCCCCAGGGAUGAAUAAUGAACAGUUGGAAAGAUGUUUUGAGCAGUACAUUUUGCCCGGGCAGGAUGUAAACAAGCAGGGUAAACGGGUGAGUUUUCAACAUCAAGGAACUUUUGAUUCAGCUCCUUCGUCCAUAGAUUCAGCUCCUUCAUCCAUAGAUUCAGCAUACGCUUCAUCCCAGUUCCUUGACACUAGUUGUCCAUCCACUUUCAUCCAAGAAAAAAAAAGUCCAGCCGUAGUGAAAACGGAGGACAACAAAAAUACCGAAUCAAGUUCAGAAAUCCUCAAUGUCGGGGAUCCUAAAACUCCGCAAAAUGAGGAAAAUCCGCAAAAUGAGAAAACGCGCCAAAAAUCUGGUUCGGGAUUCACCAGGAAUGUUGGAAAAGCUGAAGAAGAGAACGAGACAAAAUUCCUCGCUAAUGUUGGUUUAAGGCAAGAGCCUCGAAGACGUAGUAUGCUGGGUCAUAUUCCAGACACUUCAUUUAGUCUUGCCAAUCAACCUUCUCCAAACUUGAGAGACUUUUCCCACUCAAACAACAGACCUUUUACAGCAGGUAUCACCCACGGAACCUCGAAGGGAUUGAAAGCUAAACUUCUACCCUGUUCUAUCCCUACAGUUCCUAUGAGCUCCCGAAGUAAUCAGCUGAAGCCCGAUUUCCCGCCAAAAUCCACGAAAUCAGUCUCUGCAUCUGAGCAGCGUACUGUACAGGGGAUAAAAAAGAAAGCUCCCAAUGUCCCACCACCAGCUCCACCUUUACCAAAAGUAUCCCUAAGCACCCCAACUAAACCCCUAGGAGCAAGAGCCUCAAAUUCAACCUCAGAAUCUCAAAGAUGUCAAGGACAAACUGCCCUGGCCUCGGAUGCCAUGCCACCUUCAAUUUUUCAAGAUGACGACCACUCUAGUCUAAACAACCUUUCUAGUCAAAACAUGGAAUUUGAUCCUAGUCUCUCAAACAGAUUUAAAGCAGUUAUUUCAGAAAUAACUCACAGGUCACCUAGUCGGAAAGAUUUUCAAAACGCAUUGGCAUCAAGCAGAAAUCCGCCAAAUGGACCUGUCGCCAUUUUGAAUUCUCCAAACCAUACCAAACUUUGUAAAUCCAUCUCCCUAGAGUCUAGUCCAAUAAUUUCGGGAUUAUUGCGGGAAAAUAUUAAUUUGAUUCCAUCUUCUUCAAUUCAGAUCAAAUCUGUUUCUAAUUCAUUUGUUGUAAACAGUUUUGAAUAUUGUUUUGAUAAUCAAAAGUAUAUUUAAUGGGACUUUCAAUCUGUUUUAAGCUGAUGUUAGGUACCCACUCAAUUUAAAAGCUACACGCCCAAUUCACAACG